ACCCGAAACCUGACGGUGACCGGUCGCGAUCGUACCGGGAUUUUAAAUAAUCGUUUCGAUCCAUUUUUCCCCGUACAUGUCAUAGAUGACACACCACACGACGAUUCCCCGUUCGGAAGGCAGUACUUGACGCGCGGAUGAUCGAAGACUGCUCGUCCAGGUGCUCGUCCCGACAGACGUGCCGUUGCCAUCGUUUUUAAACGUGCUCCGUUUCCGUUCGUCGAGUUCCCCUCUUCGUCGACGAUUCUCGAUCGUGCGGAGAAACAUAAAACCGAUAAAAUUGCUCUGUUCGUGGUUACGGAAAAUCGAGCCCCGGAUCAUCGAGGUGGCAAGGGAAUCAUAACGUUCGAGUACGUUCAUCCUCGAUCAGAAUGACUCGAGGACAACAAAGAAUUCAGUCGCAGGCUAAGGCAGCAGAGAAAGCUGCCAAAGUGAAAAAGCAGCAAGGACACAGUGCCAAUGACCAAAAAAAGGCAGCUCAGAAAGCUUUGGUACAUGUGUGUACAGUUUGUAAGGCCCAGAUGCCAGAUCCAAAGACUUACAAGCAACACUUUGAAAACAAACAUCCGAAAACGGAGUUACCGGAGGAUUUAAAGAAUGUAUGAGGGUAGGAUCUAUUGUAAAGGAGAAGAGCAGAGGUUGAAGCAAAAAAAAAAAAAGGAAGUUAACUGCAAAUGACAAAAGUGAUAUAGUUUAACGUUCAACCAAUCAUUACAUAGUCUCAAAGAAAGAAAUAAAUUAAACCUUAUUAGUGUUUAACAUGAACUAUUGCACGUUUGAAAAAAUGAAUUUUCGUGCACAACCCCGAACUACGACACUAUCGAAGGCUCUCUCGCAGGAUGAUACUUUAAUUUUCUUCCAAAGAUGUCCGUCGUUCUGCGUCUAAUCCAUGAUUGCUAAAUUCUCACUUUAGCAUAAAAGUAAAUGAAUAUGUACAUUGCUAACAAAUAAAGUUAAUCAAUUUAGCAGAAUAAUUCUAAAUAUUUAUAUGUACUUCAAUGUCGCAGGCAGAAAAGCAGCAUUAAUUACCUUGUUUUUCUAUAAAUAGAGAAGAAAGAUCCCGACACAAAUGCCAAAAAGAAACGAUGAGGAAUAAGAGAAACAUGCACAGUGAUUACAAAUGUCUUUCGUACCGUAUUACUUGAUUACGAAAAUGACUGUUGCCGUAGGCAUUCUUGAAUUAACAGUUGAACAGAAUGUAAUUUAUUCGAACGACACAUUUACCGAGCAAUGAAAUAUUGUGAAUAGCAAUAGAGAAGAUAAUUUACAAGGAACUGCCAUUUUACUAUGUCUCUGCCAAUUAUUCUAUUACAUAAGAAUAUUAUAUGACUAAAACAUUGUAUUGCAUAGAUCUGGGCAUAGACGUUCGACCAUUUAUAUCCUGUAUUUCAUUUUUCUUAUAGAUUUAUUCGUUCACAGAAGAGAUGUAAGCGUGAUACAAAAUUUAAUAUUUUUAUUUUCUAUACAGUUAAAACUUUGCAUUUAGUACUUAAUGUUCGUUUUUUUCUUUCGUACCGAGAAUAAUUGAUUCGACUUAUUCUUUUCUUUUUUUUUUAUGUAGAUCGAUUUCGUUAAAUGCAUACAUAUUGCACGGUACAUUUGUUUCCAAGGAUUGAAAGAAAUCUAGCGAUGCUGCACUGCACAAUGUGAUCAUUUACUUAUCAAUUAAUGUUCAGUAAAGAAUCUGUUAUUCUCGGUUUUCGUUACUAUAAUUACCAUGAUAUAUUAUGUCUCAAAGUAUGCUUAUUUACAAUCACCGAAUUUCCGUUAAAAACGCGUCAAUCAGCGUCGAGUAUUGAUGACGUUUAUAGGAGUUUCUAGCGUGUGUCAAGAUUAGAUAUAAGUAAGCGAAUUAUGUAAUUUGUUUUGACAAAAUAAUUAUAGAAUUUUACACCACAAACUGUGAUUAUAUUGUUAUUUAGCCAAAACGAUUUGUAUGCGUUCCCGACCUAUUUAGAAAUUUAUAAACUCGAGAACGCAAAUCUCCAUUGUACCUAUACACGUCGUUAUAGUUUCCGAUACUGUAAUUAUAGUCGAUUAAUUAUCUUUCUCUAUAAGUAAUGUUUAAC